AUGAAGGUCGUUUCUCUCGCUUCUCUGGGUUUCGCCCUCGUCGCUGCCCUUGGCGUGGUAGCCAGCCCCGUGGAUGCCGAUUCUCUCGCCGCAGGUGGUCUGGACGCAAGAGACGAGAGCGCCGUUCAAGCCACAUACGACGGUAAAUGCUACAAGAAGGACAAUAUCUGCAAGUAUAAGGCACAGAGCGGCAAGACGGCCAUUUGCAAGUGCUAUGUCAAAGUGUGCCCCCGAGACGGCGCGAAGUGCGAGUUUGACAGCUACAAGGGCAAGUGCUACUGCUAG